AUGAUCUCAUCAUCACAUUUCGCUAUCUUUUGCAUCAUCCUCGUUUCAUUGUUUGCUCUUCAACAAUAUGAAAUUGGAAACAUGGAAGAGAAUCUGAACGCCAGCAAAAUAGUUGUAUAUCUAUCACCGUGUGUUAGAAAACGUUGUAGCUUUAGCUUAUUCAAGAACUGUCAUUGCUGCAGAGGGAAGUAUCACUUUUGUUCAAAGAACAUAAAAGUAUGCGAGAAGGAGUGUCUUAGACUUAACCCACCGCGACCUCUGCCAUAGAUAUGGAAAACUUGCAAAUGAGUUUAAAAAGAAUUGAUAAAUCUCUUUUCAAGAAAAAAAAAAAGAAUUCAUAAAUCUUAUUGUUUUCGUCUUUUUGAUUUAAAAUAAUAAAUAUGAAUCGUGU